UUAGAUUUCUGCAUGGGAAACGAACCAUGAAAAUUACAUUAGUCUUCAAUUUUUUCUUCUUUAUAAGUGCCAUUUACAGCUAUGAUUCAGAAAGUUCCGAAUCUAAUCGAAUUGAAGUGAGUCCAAUUUAUGAUACUAUUAUCUACAGUGAUAUCGCUGAUAUAAUAAAUGAAUUUGAAAAUAAUGGUAUUACACCGUUCGAUAUAUUUGCGAACAGCGACAGCCAAAGUGACGAAGCCAUAGAAAAUCUUCUAUCUGAAUAUCAACACUACUUGGAUAAGGCCCACAGACAAAGAAAAACUUAUUUAGAAAAAACUAAAGGUAAAAACAAAGUACCUCUUUUGCCACGCCAUGAUCAAUAUUCAAAAACAAAACCGGGACUGGAUAACAAACAUGACGAUUACUUCUACGCUAAUAGUUAUUACAAUCCAGGAACAUUUAAAUUUCCUCCUUCACCAUUCGGAAGUCCUUUAGAUGUAUUCAUUCCUAUAAACGCAAAAUCAAGAUACAUGAAUAACAAACCAGAAGCGACCACUAUAACUCCAAAGGGUAAUCAUGAGGAAUUUGUACCACUUGAAAAAAUUAUGUUCAAUGAAAAAAAAAUCAUAGAUCUCUCUCCAAUUUUGCAUAAAUCUUCUUACGAGCCUAUUAAGUCUUCCUGUUUUUGUAAAAGCAAUCACUUUCCAUGCGAUUGCGGUUGUAAACAGUGCUUGGUUCGCUUCGAUCCACUGUUGAGAGAUCCAAUGGAACAAAUCAGAAUGCGUUCCACGGAUGACCAGAAAAGAUAUCAACAUUCGUCACCAUAUGAGAACUCUAUUAGAAAAUCUGAACAUUUAAUUGACGAAAAUAUGAAAGAUUUGCUGGGCGACAAUACGCUUAAUAUUCGCAUUAAAAUUGAUCUUCAACUGCCAAAGCCUCAAGAUAUUCUCGGAAAAUAUAAAAUUCACAAUCGCGACAGAAUGCUUGAAACUGAUGACUUGUUUUCUAAAGAACUCGCGCCUGGGGUAAAUUUGCCAUUUCCUUAUUUCAAUUUCCCAGUUCCCAUGGAAAUAUUUGGUUUCAAAAAAGCAAAGUUUACUAAAGAUGAUUCAACACCCUUGCACAAAAUUACGAUCCACAAGAAAAAGAAAUCCAGAACUAACAAUAAUAACAAAAAACACCGGAAGAAGGUUAUUACCUUUCAAAAUAUUAAGGUAGAGCAACAACCAUUGUUCUCAAACCAUUUGAGUGAUAACAACAUAAGCGAUACAUUUAAGAACGAUAAUAAUAGUAACUUAUUAUAUAAUGAUACCAACCUACAACCCUCAAAUGUCUUACAACUUGAAAUUAAUUCUGUGAUUAACAAAACUGAUGACAAUUUAAAUGAAACUCAGACCGAGGAAAGUAUAUAUCUAAUGGUUAAUAUAACAAAUAGUACUUAUAAUGGAACAGAAGAUGCACAUAAAAUAGAAAAUAGUAUUGAAACUGAUUUUCCUAGAAAGAACAUUAACAUGACAAUGAAGGUUCCAGUAGCCGUGCGCGAAAAACGUGAUGUUUCGAAUGUUAAUAUACCUAGUAAUAGUGACAUCCAUUUGACGCUCAACGAUGUGCAAUCCGCAAAAAACGAUAUUCCAAAAGAAAAGAAUAUUGGGAAAAAGGCAGACAAAAAUUUGUUAAGUGACGCAGAGUUAUUGUAUUGGCCUAAUAUUACCAACAAGGACGAUAUAAAAACGAACAAGAAUAUAACCACUAUGAUACUAGAAAAUGAACAUAAGAAAACGAAGCUAAACAUGAGUAAAGAUACAAUUCGUCAGAAUCAUACUAGGGCACUAGAACAGGCCAUAUUCGGUGACGUGGACUGGGAUGAUGUUGACACGGUUGUCCCAGCUUUUAUGUCUUUUGUCGGCAAAUAUAUUCGUGGAGUAUUAACAUUCUGCUCUCAAAAAGUUUGUCAUUCCAUGAAAUGUGGCAACAAGACAUGUCUGCAUAGGGUUUGCUUGCCCUCAGAUAGACCGAAUAACAGAGGACAUUGCGGAGGGACGAACAGCGCAGAUAGCCUAGCAUCGAUGGAGUCAAUUAUGGAUUUGCCUUCAAAUAUUGCAUUUGAGAUAGUAGACAUUUUGCAAAACAAAAUGUUGGGAAAAAUAUUUGGAAAGGCAACGUUUUGCAUUAACGCUAAAUGUAUCACACUUGUUGCAUCCAAAAAGAAUUUUGUGAAAUCUCGAUGUUCCGUCAAAGAAUUGAAUACUGCAGGUCAUUGUUCGAAUACUAAAGGUGCAAAACUUAUGUAAGUUCUAGUUAUGUUUAAUAAAUAAGCUCAAUUGAAUAAUCGAUUGUUUACUAAUUCUACUCAGUCAUUGCUUGAAGCUGUGUUAAACGGCUAGAUUUAUUAUGACUCCAACAUCCAGAUAGAAUGGUUCUACGUUUUGAAUUACACUUGAUAACAAUAUAUCCAGUUUUACUUAUGAUAAUUUUUGUUAUCACAAGUUUUUGUAUUGGAUUUCCGAUUGGAGAAAACUUAUAUAGGAAUCCUUGGAGAACCAUUAAGAAGUUGAAUACUAAAAUAAUUGACUUUGACGCAAAAGGGAAGUUAUUAUUAAAAGAAAUUCCAAAUGAAUCGCUGCUUAAUAUUAUAUCGACGAUAGAAGCAAUGAGUUUCAAUACUAUUGAUGAACCUAUGCGGAAACCGCUCAAUAAGACAACACUUGCAGAGGAACUUCUGAAGAAAGCAAUGGAUAAAUUGAAAAAGAGGUCCACUCGUCGAUUAAAAGUACUAACAACGUGUAAUAAAUCAAGAACUGUGUGCAGAUUUUUGGCGUGUCCUAAUAUUAAAAUAAGUUGUGUUCUAUGUGAUGUUAGUCUGGCUGAAAAUCAUGAAGGUCAGUCAACGCACUGUGAGACAUUUAAGACAGGAUUUCUCACUUAUUAGUAAAUUUAUAACAACAAAGGUACAACAACAAACAACCUAUACAAAUACUAGACCAUUGGAGGGCGUAUUAUUAAUUACAAUGUUCUUUAAUUAUUUGGAACCAUCAUAAACGUAAACUAAAUUAAAUUAAAGUUAGAAUGCUUAAAUAUGCACGUUUGUCUCAUUAAGUAAACAUUCCCAACAGGAUCUUAUCUCCCCAUAGAUAAUAACGUACUUAGUUCAGGUAUGUAUAUAAAGGUGAGCUGGGACUGUUUAAACAUUUAUUCCCGUUAAGAGUAUCUAUAUU